UUGGCCACCGGUGGCGCAAUCUUAGCCGAACGAAGGAGCAUAAAAUGUUUGACUGAUGCAAGACUCUGACAUUUCUCAACCAAGCCUUUUCAAACCAACAUGCCUUACACCGGAACCUGGGACAACUUGCUGUGAAAAUAUGCCGUGAAUACGUGAGGAAAAAUCGCCCAAAAUGGGCUGAACGUUCUUAGGAAAAUUUGAGAAUGAUUGAAAUCGAGUCUGGCUUUUUACAAUUAUUGACAAGAAGUGACGAAAAGCUGAACUACAACAAGUUCAACACUGCCGAAAUAUAAGUUGCUCUCCACAACGUUUUAUGUGCUUAAAACGUUGAUUAAAUCAUUCAAGUGAGACUUGAAUUGAACUCCACGUUCGUUAACAAAAACUUUCAUCAUGGCGAUUGUCGGGAAUAAAGACCGACCCACCACGGCGACCAGCCGUAGUCUGGCCAAGGACUUUCACCGUCUAGUGAAGAAUAUCUCCGGCAUGUCUGGAGGCCAGGCUCGCCUCGUCAGCUGGGAUGAAUCGGACCUCAAGAAGGGUAUUGUCGUGUCUGUCGUCCCAGACACUGGGCUCUACAAAGAUGGGGAAUUUAUAUUCGCGAUUUCCUGCAACAGCAAGUAUCCGAAUCAAGCACCAAAUGUGAACUGCAGGACUUUUGUUUACCACCCAAACAUCGACGCUAUUGACAGUGAAGGCGACAUUUGUCUGAACUUACUCGACGACGGCUACUGGUCAUCUAAUAUGACCUUGGAGGACGUCGUACAGGGAAUCCUUUUCCUGAUGCACAACCCCAACCUGGAGGAUCCUUUGUGUGUUCUAUUCAGCCCAGAGAUGGAUGCGCAGGAUUUUGCCGAGAACGUCAGGAUGUCCCUUGACGGCGGGAUGGUCGAAGGGUAUCAUUUCGAGAAGAACAGAGUCAAGGACAUCCUUAAGGGACAUGUUGAUGAACCCCAGCUGCCUAGCGGCGGGAGAGUUGAUGAAGCGAUGGCACCCUCGGAGUUGGAUGGUUCAGCAAAUAAGAAUAAAAAUGAGAGGAGGAAGAUGGAAGUGUCGGAGGGUGGAGUCGGGGAUUUGGUGGGGGCAGGUGUGGAUUUCACUAAGAGUUAAGACUAGUCUUAUCUUGAGGUUUAGGACCAGUCUAAAGGCCAAGUCACACUGCAGCGAUAACGAAAAGGAUAACGAUCAUGACUCAUGACAAAAAUUGAAUGCAUUCUAUUGGUUGAAAUACUCCACGCAGAAUACGCCCACGCUCAUUCAACCAAUCGAGGGCGUGCAUU